CAGCAGUGGGGUUAAGCCCGGCCGGGCGGGUGGCUGGACAGGCGUCAAGGUGGUUGCUCCAUCCAUCCCUGCGCAGUCGGAGGGGCCGGAGAGCGGAGCGGGAGCGGGAGCCCUGCCCUGCCCUGCCCGCCGCCAUGAGCGCAGGCAAAGCAGGCAUCCCCCUCCUGCUCCCCCUGGCCCUGCUGCUGGCUGCCGCCUCGCAGCCCCCCGGGGGGGACCCCCCGAAGGAGCCGGGGGACGGGGACGGCCCGCGCUGCCCCAGCCCCUGCGCCUGCAGCCUGGACGAUUACAGCGAGGAGCUGAACGUCUUCUGCAGCGGCCGCAACCUGAGCCGCCUGCCCGAGGACGUGCCCCCCAACGCCAAAGCGCUGUGGCUGGACGGCAACAACUUCACGCUGCUGCCGGCCGCCGCCUUCAGGAAUUUGUCAGCCCUGGACUUCCUGGACCUGCAGAGCAGCCAGCUGGGCUCCGUGGAGCAGCACGCCUUCCACGGGCUGCGCAGCCUCUACCACCUGCACCUGGAGCGCAACCGCCUCAGGCACCUGGCCCCGCACACCUUCCUGCACACCCAGAACCUCGUGUCCCUCAGCCUCAACAACAACCACUUCAGCAAGGUGGAGGAAGGGCUGUUCGCCGGGCUCUCCAACCUCUGGUACCUGAACCUGGGCUGGAACUCGCUGGUGGUGCUGCCCGACAAGGUGUUCCACGACCUGCCCAACCUGAGGGAGCUGAUCCUGGCUGGCAACAAGCUGCCCUACCUCCAGCACCAGCUCUUCUGCAGCCUCACCGAGCUGAAGGAGCUGGACCUGAGCGGGAAUGCACUCAAGGGCAUUAAGAUCAACAUCUUUGUCAAGCUGCAGAAGCUGCAGAAGCUGUACCUGAACCACAACCAGAUCAAUGCCAUCGCCCCCCGCGCCUUCAUGGGCAUGAAGUCCCUGCGGUGGCUGGACCUGUCCCACAACCGCCUGGUCUCGCUCUACGAGGACACCUUCCUGGGCCUCCUGAGCCUGCACGUCCUGCGCCUGUCCACCAACUCCAUCACCAGCCUGAGGCCCAGGACCUUCAAGGACCUCCAGUUCCUGGAGGAGCUGCAGCUGGGGCACAACCGGAUCCGGGGCCUGGCGGAAAGGACCUUCGAGGGGCUGGGCCAGCUGGAGGUGCUGAGCCUCAACAACAACCAGCUGCAGGACAUCAGGGCCGGGGCCUUCCUGGGGCUGCACAACGUGGCCGUGAUGCACUUGUCUGCCAACUGCAUCAAGGUCCUGCCCGACUUUGUCUUCAAGGGGGUCACCAAGCUGCACAGCCUCCACCUGGAGCACAGCUGCGUGGGCAGGAUCCGGGCCAACACCUUCUGCGGGCUCUCCAGCCUGCGGCGGCUCUUCCUGCAGCACAACAGCAUCUCCCUCAUAGAGGACCAGAGCUUCAGCGAACUGCACGAGCUCCUGGAGCUCGACCUGAAGCACAACAGGCUGAGCCACCUCUCGCCCCAGCUCUUCACGGGGCUGAGCAACCUGGAGUACCUCUUCCUCUCCUCCAACCAGCUCCUGGAGAUCUCCCAGGACACCUUCAGCCCGCUCCAGAGACUCUUCUGGCUCGACCUCUCCCACAACCAGCUGGAGACACUGGACAACAGCGUCAUCUCCCCCCUGGCCAACCUGCGGUACCUCAGCCUGAGGAACAACUCCCUGGAGACCUUCUCGGUGGCAUUCCUGUGCCCCCCCUUUGCCCUGGAGCAGCUGUGGCUGGGGGGCAACAACUGGCAUUGCAACUGCUCCCUGAAGGGCCUGCGGGACUUCUCCCUGCAGCACCCGGCCGUGGUGCCGCGCUUCGUGCAGUCGGUGGCCGAGGGGGACGACAGCCACGUCCCCAUCUACACCUACAACAACCUCACCUGCCUGCACCCCCCGGGGCUGGCGGGGCUGGACCUGCGCGACACUGCCGAGGAGAGCUUUGCUCACUGCUGAGCUGGGCUGGCCCUCCCAGGGACCCUCACGCCGGCCCUGUGGCCACCCCAGCCAGAGCACAGAUUUGCCACCGCCUCCAGCAGCUGCAUUGCUCAGAAGAUGCUGGAUGGGCACCGGCCCCCUGGGCUUCAAACUGAGUAUUUCAGUCCUUUAAUAUUUAAAUAGCAGCCCCCAGGGCAGAGCACGGUUGCUCCCAGCAGGAGAAUCUCUGGAUGGGGGAAUGCUGCACCCCCAGCCCUGCAGCCACAGCAAGGGGCAGCCCUGCCCAGGCCAGGACUUUUAUAAGACAAAAUAAAGUGUUUUCCUGCCAUGGAGCAGUGGAGAAAUCCUAAAAGCCCCCCUGAGCUUAGGGAAGGGGGCAGAGGACUUGCUGCAAUGAUUCCUUGCAGCAGCAGGUGUAGGCAGGGCACAGAAAGCCACUCGUUGCUCACCUGAUAAAUGGCAGCAGACAAAUAAACCUUUGGAGCUAUUGCAACCCACCUUGUAAGUUAUGUUUUUUCCAAAGCUCGUGCUGCCCACGGCCAGGAUUUCUCCCCAGAGCCCCUCAGGGUGAGGGAUUCAGGCUCCCAGGGGGCUCCCAGCAUUUCCUGCAAGCCUUGGGGGGGUGGCAUGUUCCCAGGGAGGGAGCAAGAAAUGCCCAGCUAUCCCACAGAAGCCAAGAGCCCUGACAGAUUCCAGCUACUGCCCAGCUCUCCAAAUCCCAGCUAAGUGUCCAAAGGUCAGACAAAAUUUUCCUGGAAAAUUGCACGAGGGGAAAGCUGCUCGGGUGUGGGUCCUUGUGCAGCGGGAGCAGGGCUGGGUGCUGCUCCUGCUCUUGCCUGCUGGAAUCCAGUCUCCUUAGUGGAAACCCAGAAUUUCCCCGUCUUCCCAAAACCUCACUGUGAGGGGGAGUCCCAAAGGCAGAGAGGGAGGCAGGCAGGAGGGGCUCAGAGUCCAGGAGGGAGGGAGAUGAGAUGCAAGGCCACCACCUUCAUUGCUUCCCCAGCUUAACUCAAGCCUGUGAGAGGAGGGCAGCGCCCAUGGGAGCAGCAGCCCAUGGGAACAGGUGCAGGGAACAGGACACCGGGAAGUGAAAGAAGCAGGAACCACCUGGGGACACAGAGGAGCCCCAGGCUGGGGCUGGAGAACAGCUCCAUGAAGGGCUGCCAGGGCUGGCUCACAGCAAGACAGGGGACAGGCUGGAUGCUGAUGCUGUUACAGGAGAGAUUUAGCUGAAUU